GGAAUUGUUUAUUACGUCUCAAACCAAGAUCAUGAAAACCAAGGCACUCCUCUUAGACAGCGCAUGACGCGUCACGUGUUUACAGUAGAAGAGAUUUUACAGUUCCCGGAUAAUUACCACACUAAAGGUGUGCUAUCACUUCCUUAUGGAGACAUCGUGGAACCUUUUGAGGCCUGGUACUCCAAUUCGAAAAAGAUGAGCAGAAUUGAUUAUUAUAAUGGUAUGGUGCAUUUUAUUUACAAUUUUUUACGACUACGUCAUCGACUGGACCAACUAAAUUUUUCGUACUUUCUGUCUUCUCUAUUAAAGUCAAAACCUUUGCCCUUAAUUUUAUGAACAGUAAAGAUCGAGCGGGGGUUUAGGUUCGCACUUGCUUAUAUUUGUCAUGCAUUGUGCUCAUCUAUAAGGCAAUAUGUAAGCCAUGUACGCGUGACUACAUCAGAAAAAUUGUGCAAGUGUACUUGAUAUGGGGCUUUCGUUGGAAUCUCUCACUGCUGCAAGUGGUUUUCCUUUCGAGCUUUCAGUCUUAACAACACGUUUGAUUUUCUGUGUUUCCUUUCAGGCAUGGACAGAACAUUUCAGCGCGGAGAUCUGGGUAGGCACGGGUUUGCAUGCAAAAUAGUUCCGGAAUACUCUGAAGUGAAACAUAAAACGUUCACGGGGUGUAUGCACAGGCGAGGGACAAAGAAAUUUCCAAUAAAAGCUCAAAAUAUUAUACCAGCGCCUUCAUAUUUUAAGGUAAGGUCAUUCGUUAAUUCUAUGGAUUUACCGGCGUAAUAACCUGAGUGGGAUGAUGCGAGAACACGAAAAAAAGUUUGUGAAUCACGAGCCGAAAGCGAGUUGAUAUACCUACACCUAAAUGCAGUAGCGUUGCAAUGAACGAAACAUAAAGAAAAGGGGAAAAGCUAUAUUCAAAUUAAUUAACAUAUAGCAUAAGCCUACAGUUUUUUUUAGAUUAUUGGAAUCGCUUGAAAUUCCUAAACAACAUCUGAUACUCUUUAGGAAGUUUGAAAAAAUGUUUGAUGGGCAUGUUACCAGAGGGUAGUUUUUGUAUGCCGAUAGAUUCGUACCUGGCUUUCUCCUUUUUUUGUUUGCCCUUUUUUUUUUUUUUUUUUUUUUUUUUAAUUUGGUGUACAUCACAAAAGGCAAUUGGCCAACCUUAUCCUAGCUUAUAUCAGUUCCUUUGGUGGUAGGGUCAAAUGACAUUAUUUUAUCUUUCUUUGCGUAGUAACUGUACGCUACUCUUUCUUAUCAUAACUAUCAUUAUUAAAAUUAUUUUGUUAUAGUACUCCGGUACCGCUGAAUUAAAUGGUGCAGAGUGUGCAAAAUGGGAACACUCGUUCACAAUUUACGACAAGGUCAACACAUAUACAUUAUACACAACUAAAACCCGUCCAUUAAAACCGCUCCGGUACGAGAUGAUGGGAUAUGAUACGCUACUAGCCUCCUACUAUGACCAUUAUAUCCUCGAUUAUCACGAGUUUGAAGCUUGGAAAUUCAACUAUUCAGUGUUUGAUAUACCAACAGGUAUGGUGUCAAUUGUGUUGCAGCCAAAAUAGCUUAUAUGAGGUGACUUUUGUGUCUCUGUGUUUCCCUGAUCACUGUUCAGCAGGGAAAGGAUAUUAACUCUAUCGGACUCUAACUCCGAAGAUCGGAUACUAACGAGUAAAUCUCUCUACAAAUUUCAUGCGUUUCUUCUUAUUUUAAAUAUUAGGGUUGCUUUUCGAUUGAGUAUCGUUAACGACCAAAAGCACAGUAAUCAGAACGGCCAAUCAGUAGCAAGAAAAAUACUUUUCAGGGCCAAUGAGAACUCACAAUAAAACAACCAAAUUUCCUAAAGCGCGGGAAAACGCAGGCGACCAAGUCGUUAUUGAUUUUAGUUUUGCAUCUGAUUGGUUGAGAAAUUGACGCGAUUUUUCUGGACCAAUCACAGAGCGAAGCAAGCAAAAUCAAUCGUUGAAAAUUGCUCUGUUUCUAAACUUGGUUAAAUCGUUCUGUUAGUUUCCAAGAUGUUUGCUCUACACCAUCCCACCUUCUCCUUUUCACCAGUAUGAUCACUUGGUCUCAAUACGAGUCCUUAUCUUGGACACACUCAGUCCUUUUGUCUCAAAGGUUGAAAGUUUUUACCUGGAUGUAUGUUAAACCUGUUGCAAGACUUUUUAUUGCCGUUUUGGCUAAUUUUGUGUUUGUCUAAACGAAGAAGUGAUAUUUUCUCAGCGUUAUGAUUAGCUCAUUUCACUCACUGUAUCAAUAUGCGUUCCUUACGAGACAAUUACUUUGAGAAAGACCAAGUUUUUCAUGAUUUUAAUCACUUACACAGAUCUCCAAUGCUUCGAUUUUUCUCACGAGAAACUGGAGAAGUCGCUUGGUGAGAUCAAUCCUAUAGUGGAAUUCAUGCCUCAUAGUACCUCAGGCUCUCCGUAUACACUGUCCCAUCCGUCAAAUUUUGUCACCACUCCCUCUCGCACCAAGACAGAUCCUUUGCAGUAUCUGCUGGACUCCUUGAACAAAAUGCCGACGGUUAAUAGAGAAAUGUUCGAGCCCACAACAACCACCUCAAGCCUCCAGCAGUCUCUCAAGGACGAGGAGCAGACUCGACCAUCACCGGCUCCCAAGAGUACAGGCGCGUUCAAAAAUGUGGACCAGAAGUCUGGUUAUAAAGAUAUCAUGCGACACUAUGAAGACGUAGUUAAUGCUUUAUUUAAAUCUUUCAAGGCGAGAUAUAAGAAGAAUUAUAUCUCAAAGCGGGAGCACGAGUCGAGGAAAGACAUCUACAGACAUAAUUUGAGGUAGGGGUCGGCAUGACAACCAAUAACUUCUUUAUCUUCAUUUACGAUCUUGUUCGACUUUUUUUAUCAUUAACUCCCGCGAUUGGCCCGUCGGACCGUCUCGUUAAUAGAUGUAGGUCGUUAAUUCUGAGAUCUGACAGAGCUGCCUCUGCCGCGGGAUAGGACCAUUCAGCCUUUUUUUUUUCCUCUAUUAACACAGAACGAGUGCAAAAUAUACAGGAGUGUUGAGUGCCGGGUAUUGAAGAGAAUAUUGAACUGAAAUUAGUUGAUCAUUCCAUCGCCAUGAAAACGCGCGGCAACGUGCAAAACUCGACAAAUUUAUUUGCGUGAGAAGACUUUGUCUCCCGUUUACAUCAGCCAGACCUAGUUCAAGUAGACCAGGUAAAGGAAAAGAAAAGUUAUCUUCUGAAACUUUCAGGAUGUAUCUGAAGAGUGUGCCAUUGUUAUUGGUGCGAACUUCUGUAGAGUCCUUGUAUUGGUAAAAAUUGAAACAGACACGGAUACAGUGGGAGUUUAUAGUGAUACGAAGUACAACAUCUUUUUGAGGCUUUUACACAGCCACGGUCUGAGCGUUUUCGAUAUGUGCGAGAAGUGAGAACAAGCUGACAAAUUUUCAGAUUAGCAACUAAUCAAUCACCCAAUUUCUUCACUGACAAAAAACUUUCAAACCAAAAAAUAAAAUCUUACAAUAGGGUGUAUAUUUCUUUCGAAUUCCUUGAUGGCCUUGAAACGAACUGCCACAUACGUUUAACUUAACCUUCAUGAAGCUCUUUAACUACCAUGUGACAUGUAAACAGAAAAUUCCAAUCUCCUGAUCUUCAUCAACUCGAUCAACAGGUUUAUCAAGUCCAGAAACCGCCAAAACCUAGGCUAUAGACUGAAGGCAAAUCAUAUGGCCGACAUGACUGAGGAAGAGAUUAGACAAAAAAAAGGAAUGCUGAUGGAAAGCGAACCUGAUGCACUGAAUGGCGGAAAGAGAUUUGAAAUACCGGAGGGUACCAAUGUCAAAACCCUACCUGAUAUAGUUGAUUGGGCAAAAUCGGGUGAGUGGAAAAAACUCUUAUAAUAAACGAAAACAAACAUCCUGAGUAGUCGCCAAAUGUCACCAAAACUUAUAUCGAGAAGCAAAUGAGCAAGUCUGGGGUAACUUUUGAGUGAACUUAAUUCUUUUCAGGAGGUCUAACCGAGACCAUGGAGUUUUACGCAAUCAUGCAGUGGGCCUUAGGUUUUCCCCUUUUAGUGGAUCGGUUUAAUUAGAAAAAUUGUUCUUUCUACCAUCAGCUUUCGGCCCUCCUGACACUAUCCACAAAAAAUGUUCAGAGAAAAGGUUCGGCUAAACUGAAGAUAGUUUAGGACGCAGUUUUGUUCAACAACGAGUCAGACCGUAGAGCCCGGUCAACGAGCUUUAUAGGAAAAUAUUUUACUGUUUCUUCAGGUGCGGUAAAUCCUGUAAGAAGUCAAGGAAUUUGUGGCUCUUGUUAUGCAUAUUCUGUUACUGGUGCCAUGGAGGGAGCCUACUAUAUUAAGGUUUGUCAACUAAAAGAUGACAAAGCGCUUUAAUGUUAAUUGCUGCUGGUGCCGUAUACAGUUAGCAUUGUCCCUUGAGAACAUGGCGCUCGUCAGACUAACAAAAUUCUACCGCGGUUUGUUUCUACUUUUGUAUCAAUUUCUGAGCUUUUCCAUCGGAUAAGAAGCAGAAAGGGUUAAAAUUUGAGGUGCUCAUGAAAUUUAAAGUGUUGUAUGAGGUAUUUCUUAUAUACCGAGUUCAAGGUUCGUCCUGUAAGUUAUACAGACCGAUUUUUUUCCGCUCGGAUUUAUGUGCGGUCCCUAAAUCCGAGGGAAAAAAACGAGGUUCCGUAACUUACAGGACGAACCGAGAAAACGUGAUUAAUAAGAUAUUGGUUUUAUUUUGAAUUUAGUGGGCUGUACAGUGAAAUACAGCUUGCUGCACUGAUCAGUCAUAGCGCACGUUCUAACUGAGAGAUGUUAUAAAAAGUUUUAAGAGAAGGAGCACGUCCUAACCUUGUUUGGCCAAAGUUGUAUGUUUUUUUUAAGUUGAAUAAGCGAUAAAUCUUCCAAUUCCAACGGUGAAAACAUCUUUAAAAUCACACACGUACAUGUUUGUAUUUCAAUUCUGACUUCGCAGACUGGUACCCUCCUAAACCUGUCUGAACAACAACUUAUAGACUGUUCGUGGGGGUUUGGUAACCGAGGCUGUAAGGGAGGAUAUCCACAUCGAGCGAUGCAGUGGGUCAUCAAACACGGUGGACUGGCUACUGAAGAGAGCUAUGGAAAAUAUUUGGCUCAGGUAAAGACAAGAAACUUCAGAAACAGUUUUAAGUGUAUAAUGAUUUCCCACACUCACUGUUAACAUUCAAACUGUCCUGACGUCGUUUUACUGAAAUAAGGAUUACGCCUGAUGCUCUCAUCCACCAAAUGAAAGUACUUUUUCUACAGCAGAAGAUGAGCAGAGAGGUUCCACCCAGAACCACCCCUCCCUCUCCUGCUUGUAACAAUUUAGCCUCACGAAUUCGCGUAUUCAUUCAAGGGUAAAUAAUUACUCUUUUUUCACCAUAACAGGAGGGUUUCUGCCACUUUAAAAAUACGACAACAGGGGCUAAGCUGGAUUUUUACAUGAACAUCACCAAAGGGAAUAAGCACGAGCUGAAGCAGGCCAUCGCCAUUUAUGGUCCUGUCAGUAUCCUUAUCAACACUCAGCCAAAGACUUUUAAAUUCUACGGAUCAGGAAUUUAUUAUGACCCAGACUGCAGUAAGUAACUUACACUUAUUUUGAUUUGUAGACUGCGUGGAGGUUCUCCAACCCUUUCACUCCUAAGAGUGACUAACAUCUAAUUUCUCUUUACAAUAUGACCCCUGAAUCAAAUUAAACAUUAAGGCCACACUAAGGAAAUAAUCACCACCUAAAGAAGCUCUCGAUUGUUUGAGAAAAACUCCCAAACAUCACCUAAGGAGGUGUGUGGAGAACAGUAUGGAGAAUAUGUAUACUGAUGUUGGAGUACAAAAUGUUGAAGGGUUUUGUUUAUGAGGUACGAUUCAAGCGAGCCGGUUAAAGGGGCUCACACCAGCUGGGUGCUCUUUCAAUUUGAUGAAUUUCUUUUUCUCCUCGUUCUCAGCUCAUGCAUUGGAUCACGCGGCCUUAGCUGUCGGAUAUGGAGUGGAAAAGGGUGAACCUUAUUGGCUGAUUAAGAAUUCUUGGUCAAAAGCUUGGGGAGAUGAGGGAUAUAUCAAGAUAGCCAUGAAAAACGACAAUUGUGGUGUUCUGCAAAAGGCUGUCGUGGUCAAGAUCAGAGAAGAUUAA